GCGGCAGGGAUAAUAAGCCCUUCCCUUAUAGCCUGGUCUAUAAGAUCAGUCCAAAGAUGUCACAGCUGGAAUCGGACUGACCAAGGCUCGAAUACAAUACCGUACCCCCAAGCAAGCCUGAGAUUCAAUUGAUGUCAAUCACCUCGCAAGGCCGUCGAAGUUGAUUCUAGGAGCUGUAGGAAUCGUUGAAUCAACCAGUCCAAGACCAAAUCUCGUCCCAGAAUGCUUGCUCCAUGGCCUUCAGGACACAACCCAGAAGGUCGAAGCAUGGAGUCGUCAUGCAUGUGCUCUCACCGGAUUCAGCACCGAGAAUGGACUUCAAAACUAGCUCUCAGCCGGACGAGACUGAAAGAAGACGUUGUCAGCGGUUGCUAAGCUGGUGUUCCGGCAAUCCUCUGUCCACAUCCCCAGCAGCACGAGGUAGCGACUCGAAGUUUUUCGUAUUAGCCCUUGGAAGGGGAGGCCCAAAUUGCCAUCCCAGAGUACGCGACCCAUCUUGCAUGAUCUGUCGGCCUCAACAGUGUUGCAUACUGCUCAAGGAGGUUGUGGCCCGGGGACAGAAGCCACGUAUCUGCCUCACCUGGCAUUCAAGUUGGUUUCAGGCCAAUAUUAAAUCGCAAUGUCCCAAAAGCAAGGAAGCCAUGAGAAUUCUCGACUUUGAACCGGAUCGCGUUUUCUCGACCGGGGCGGAGUCGUAACACCUGGUCUGUCGUCAAAUCGAGACGGCGCGAAUCAUAUGCAACUGUCGGUAAUCUCUGUAUCUUUCCAGACAGCAGAUAUUCGGAACUCCCAGUCGGCCGCACAUGGGCAAUUUUCCGUCUAGCGCUGUUCUUGUUGGGUUUCCAACUUCGUACGGAACCGGAGUAGGGAGUUGGCUGCUUCGUGCUGAGUUCGUGGUGGUGGUCCGUGCGACACGA